AUGCUCCGCGAAGCCUCACUCGGCCUCGCUGGGGUUGUCAUUAUCGCGUACGUUAUUGAAUUCCUCGUCAGCCAUCUCGACGACCCGCGAGAGCCUCGCCGAGUCCCCCCAAGGAUACCUGUCAUCGGCCACAUCCUGGGGUUCUUGCGCCAUGGAUUUGAUUACUAUAACCUCGCAAGCCAGAACACGGAUGCAGAGAUUUACACCGUCGGCAUCAUGAACCUCAAGGUGUACGUUACCCACGCUACGCGGCUCACACACAUGAUCCAAAGAUCAAAGACCUUGUCGUUCGGACCCUUUCUUCAACUUUCCAGCAAAGUCCAUGGGAAUGUCAGUGACGAGGCGCAUGCACUCUUUAACGGAGAUCUACUGGAGGAUUUCAGCCUCCGCACCAGAGAGGCGCUUGCUCCAGGUCCUCACCUAGAUGCGCAGAACCUUCGGAUGGCAGACCAGUCGCUUAUUGAAGUCACGGAUAUGUUGAAGCAGGGUGAAAUUCAACUGCUCGAAUGGGCAAGGCAUGCCGUUGUGCAGGCUACUGGCGCUGGCUUGUAUGGUGUCCAGCAUCCGUUCAAGGAUCCUGAAAUUGAGGAUGCCAUGUGGAUUUGGGAUGAGCAUAGACCCGGCCAUAUGAUAGGGAUAGAUCCCCUAGGUAAGGGCUACAACGCUCGCGCUAAAGUGUUCGAGACUUUCCGGGAAUACUUCCAAAAUAUGCCCGACGACGUGUCCCUAAUAAUACGACAGCGCCAGAAAAUCCUUCGCGACGGCGGUAUCUGUGAAGAAGACGCCUACAAGAUGCAGUCUACGCUCAGUGAUGCUGCCUAUCCCAACACCGUUCCGACGCUGUUUUGGACUGUCUAUGAGAUCUACUCCCGCCCCGAGCUCUUGGAGGCCAUCCGUCAAGAGAUAUUUAGCAAAGCAGUACGGAAGUCUGACGAGGGCUUUAUUCUAGACGUUGCAGCUCUUAAGACCGAGUGUCACAUCUUGCUGUCCGCUUACCAGGAGACUCAGCGCACAAGGCAUUCGCAAGUCGCCUUCCGCAUGGUCGUGGAGGAUACACUUCUAGAUGGGCAAUACCUCCUCAAGAAGGGCAACUAUCUCCACAUGCCGGCCAAGCCCAUCCACGAGAACCCCAAAAUUUGGGGUCCCCAGGCCAGCGUCUUUGACCCUUACCGGUUCGUGCCAGCGGUAGCCGGUGAGAGUAGGGCAAAGAUCUUGCCGAGUAGCUUCCUGCCCUGGGGCGCGCCGCCUCACAUGUGCCCUGCCCGCCAGUUUGCCUCGACAGAGAUUCUGAUUAUUACGGCCUUGUUGGCUUUGAGGGUCAAUUUGACUCCAGCGAGUGCCAAAGGGUGGGAGCGGGAGCCUGCCGUGAAGUCGAUGGAUAUACCGACGUUGCCACGCCCUAGAAAGGAUGUGCGUCUCAAGGUUACAGCGCGGGAGGAGGGAGCUGGGAUCUGGGCGAUUAUAAUCGGGGAGAGCAAGACGAGAGUGUCCCUGGCGUCGGGAUGA